UAUAAUUUUUAGAUUAAUUUAACGAAUCAAAUUAAAUAAGAUAAUUAAAUCUUUAAUCAUCCAAUACUCCUCCUUCCUUUGUUACUCCCUUAUUUUUGUUUUCUCCACGGCCUCCUCCUUUUUAUUCUCUCAUCUCCUCCCUUCUAGUCAACAUCGAUCAUUGGCACAAACCUGCAAGGUAUGCUUACAUCUCAUUCUCCUAUUCCUUUUUACGUUUUAAAUUGUAUAAUAAGAAAAUGAUUUUAUGUUUUAAUGUUUUAGCUUUCAUGUCAUUGUUGUGUUUAUAAUUUCUAUUUUUAUAUUCCUAGUUAUAAUGAUAUUUUUUUUGAAUGGUACCGUGUUUAUGAAUAAUUGAAUUUAGGGAUGUAUGUAUCUAUGUAAAAAAAAUCUCUCAUCAUCAAUGACUUGCCCUUCCCUCGACAUUGAUAUUGAAGAGAUUCAAAGCUCCCAGUUCCACAUUUCUUCCGACCUUAACUCCACGAGUCUUAGGCCACCCACACUUCAAGAAAAUGAAUGGGUGUCGAAUUGUGAUGAAAAAUUGAAGUCCAAGGUUGGUCAACAAUUUGAUACCUUAAAAGAAGGUGACAUUUUUUACAAAAGGUAUGCACAUAAUGUCGGAUUUAGUGUGCAUUGCUCAGCAAAAACUAAAGGUAAAGAUGGUGUGAAGCGUUGGAAGUAUUUUGUUUGCUCAAAAGAAGGUUAUAAACCAGAUAAGAAAAAGGUUAUGGAACAAAGCAACUCAACUACUAAGUCUAGGCAAAGGAGUCUUACAAGAGAAAGAUGCAAUGCAAAGGUUGUUUUCAAACUGGCCGGGGAAGGUAAAUAUGAGCUAAUUCGAUUUUAUGAAAGUCAUACACAUGUCUUUGCUUCACCUAUUAAGAGACAAUUUCUAAGAUUAGCAAGGAAAGUGAAUCUUGUUUGUAAGAGUUUAUUGCAUGCAUAUAAUAGUGUUAAUAUUGGACUUUCAAAAAUGUACCAUCCAUUGAUAAAUCAGUUUGGUGAUUAUGAAAAUAUGGGGUGCACACAAAGGGAUCUUCAAAAUUAUUCAAGAGAUUUGAAGAUCCCAAUUAAAGGUUCUGAUGCACAUGUAUUUAUUGACAACUUUAGGAAGAAGUGAGAAAUUAAUCCAUCAUUCUACUAUUCAUAUGAGGUGGAUGGAGAAAGUAGACUAAAGUAUGUUUUUUUGGGUGGAUAUCAUUUCUAAGAAAAAUUAUUCCUUGUUUGGGAAUCUUGUUUCAUUUGAUACCACAUAUGAAACAAACAAAUAUUCAAUGAUUUUUGCUCCAUUUCUCGAGUAAAUCACCAUAGGCAAUGUGUUACAUUUAGUGCGGCCUUUUUAGCAUAUGAGAAGGCUAAAUCAUUCAUUUGGUUGUUUGAAAAGUUUUUAGGGGGCAUCAACCAAAUCUUUUAAUUACUCAUCAAGAUCCUACCAUGAAAAUUGUUGUAGAAAAUAUUUUUAAUUCUUCUUCUCGUAGAUUUUGUAUGUGGCACAUUAUGAAGAAAGUUUCUGAAAAAAUAGGUGUGUCAUUGAAUGCUAAUAAGGAGUUCAAUAGUAAUUUCAAGUCAUGUAUUUGGAGAUUGGAGUCACCAGAUGACUUUGAAGAAACAUGGAAAUCUAUAAUAAUUAGGUUUAAAUUAGAAAAGAAUGACUGCUCUCACACAUGUAUGAUAUUCGAAACAUCGAAACAUGUGGAUCUCAGCUUACUUUAAGGACAUUUUUUUAGUUGGGGUAUUGAGAACAACCUUAAAACUAGAAAGUGAGAAUUCUUUUUAUAGUAACUUUUUGAAUCCUCGUGUUAGCCUAGUUGAAUUUUGGAUGAGGUUUGAUUCUACAAUAGAAGCAUAGAGGCAGAAGGAGUUACUUGCUGAUAAUGAUUCACUUCAUUCUAUACCAACAUUGAAGUUGGAUCGCGAUUUAGAGAAGCAUGGAAGAAAUGUUUAUACUCAUGAGAAUUUUUAUAUAUUUCAAAAUGAGUUAUGGAUUGCAUGUUUAGAUUGUGGAGUUGAAAAUAA